CACACACACACACACACACACGCACACACACAAGUUAAGAGCAGAGAAAGAGAAAGAAGCGGAGCUGCCAGGCGGUCUGGAGUCUCUACAAUGGAUGCCGUACCGUUUAAUAUCGCGUUCGUCGUCCUCCUCCUCGGGGCUUGGAUCCAGGGAACGCAGGCCCUGCAGUGCCAUUGCGCCCGCUGCAACGGCAACUCCAGCUGCACCACGGACGGCGUGUGCUUCGUGGCCGCCCGCAAGUCGGGCGGCAAGGUGGUGAUCGAGCGCAGCAUGUGCGUCCCGCUGUACGAGCUGAUCCCCCGCGACCGGCCCUUCAUCUGCGCGGUGGCCGCCCGUGAUGAGAAGGGCAUCUACCCCAAGUGCUGCAACAUCGACUACUGCAACACGGCCGACCCUAGCAUGUUCCCUGUGCCCUCAGAGAAGCCCCCCGCGCUGGGGCCCGUGGCCCUGGCGGCGGUGAUCGCGGGGCCCGUGUGUGUGCUGUGUCUGCUGCUGGUGGUGGCCUUCUACGUGUGCCACAGCCACCGCAUGGGGGCCGGGGGGGUCGGGGCCCACCACCACCGCGUGCCCAACGAGGAGGACCCCAACAUGGACCACCCCUUCAUCACGGGCGGGGCCACCCUCAAGGACCUCAUCUACGACAUGACCACCUCCGGCUCCGGAUCAGGGCUGCCGCUGCUGGUCCAGAGGACCAUCGCCAGGACCAUCAUCCUGCAGGAGAGCAUCGGGAAGGGGCGCUUCGGCGAGGUGUGGCGGGGGAAGUGGCGCGGCGAGGAGGUCGCCGUCAAGAUCUUCUCCUCCCGGGAGGAGCGCUCCUGGUUCAGGGAGGCUGAGAUCUACCAGACGGUCAUGCUGCGGCACGAGAACAUCCUGGGCUUCAUCGCCGCCGACAACAAAGAUAACGGAACGUGGACCCAGCUGUGGCUGGUGUCUGACUACCACGAGCACGGGUCCCUGUUCGACUACCUGAACCGCUACACAGUCACCGUGGAGGGCAUGAUCAAGCUGUCCCUGUCCACCGCCAGCGGGCUGGCCCACCUGCACAUGGAGAUAGUGGGCACACAAGGAAAGCCUGCCAUCGCCCACAGGGACCUGAAGUCCAAGAACAUCCUGGUCAAGAAGAACGGGACGUGCUGCAUCGCCGACCUGGGCCUGGCCGUCCGCCACGACUCGGCCACGGACACCAUCGACAUCGCCCCCAACCACCGCGUGGGCACCAAGAGGUACAUGGCCCCAGAGGUGCUGGAUGACUCCAUAAACAUGAAGCACUUUGAGUCCUUCAAGAGGGCGGACAUCUACGCCAUGGGCCUGGUCUUCUGGGAGAUCGCAAGCCGAUGCUCCAUGGGAGGCAUUCACGAAGACUACCAGCUGCCGUACCAUGACCUGGUGCAGUCGGACCCGUCCGUGGAGGAGAUGAGGAAGGUGGUGUGUGAACAGAAGCUGCGGCCAAACAUUCCCAACCGCUGGCAGAGUUGUGAGGCCCUGAGGGUGAUGGCCAAGAUCAUGCGUGAGUGCUGGUACGCCAACGGCGCGGCCCGCCUGACGGCCCUGCGCAUCAAGAAGACGCUGUCCCAGCUCAGCCAGCAGGAGGGCAUCAAGAUGUAGAGCCGCACACACAUACCCCCCUGUUGUUUUUAUUAUUCAAAGCAAUGUCUUAUAUUAUCAUUAUCAACCUGUCCCUGCCCGGGAGAUUACCUUUUUCUUUCUUUACUGGGCAGGAGUAUAUGUGUAUGUAUAUUUCCUUCAUUUUUUGGUUUUGGUUUCAUUUUUGAGUAGCCACACAGCACCCGUCAACACACACACACACACACACACACACACACACACACACACACACACACACACACACACACACACACACACACACACACACACACACACACACACACACACACACACACACACACACGCACACACUCUGGUGUGGGCCCCCCCAGCCUACGCGGACCACUGGGGCGUGGGCACAAUGGAUAGGCUGGAGGACUCAUCCUGAAAGCUUGUGAGGGAGUGAAGGCCAGACCCCCGCUCUCCUCCGCGCUCUGGGGAGGUCCCGGUAAACCAGGUCUGGGAGGGUCCAACAGAGACCCAACCAAUGGUGCUCCGGCCUGAGAGCCAGUCCACCACAGAGACACGAGGGAGGCCUGCUCUCUCCUCAUGCUGCUGACGUCACUCAGCAGCCCUUCAUCAGCAUGGGCAGCAGAGCUCCUCCCAGUGGUGCCCCCCUCUGCCACUGGUGUGCUCCACUGGUGUCCCCUCUGCCAGUGUUGUCCCCUCCUGGGAGGCUGGUGUUCUGUGUGGCGACGCCCCCUUGCUGUCCCUCUUGUUUUCUGAACCGCCAUCAGUAUUACCGGCAAGACGGGUCAGUUCAUAUCAUUUCUUUCUAUGACAGAGUAUCCGAUUCCUCAGCAUUUUAUUUUGUCAUUAUUUGUGUGUCUCAAUUUCUUAGCUACAUUUGGAAUUUUUGUUUUGGACAGCAUCUCAUUCAUUCUCCGCUAACAUGCUGCAACAUAUGCAAACUAAUGAUUUAUGCUAUACAACACAAGCGGACAACCACAAUAGAACUACAAACCGAGAUAACGACAACAUAGAACUACAACACGAGAUGACAAAAGAAAUACAACACGAGAGGACAACAGGACUACAACACUAAAUGACAAAAGAACUACAACACAGGUGACAACAGAACUACAACAUUAGAUGACAAUAGAACUGCAACACAGGUGACAAUAGAAAUACGACACGAGAUGACGAUAGAACUAUAACACUAGAUGACAACAGAACAACAGGGGACCGCUGCCGCCAUGCCUUCCAGGCUACCCUUCGAGUGCCACAGCUUUAACUGACAGCUCGUCCACCUCCAGCGUGCGGUAGGAGACUGUGUGUGUCUGUGGUGUGUGUGUGUGUCCACACCGUGGUGUGCGUGUGGUGCGCAUGUGCUCUGAGCAGCGACGGCCUCUAGGGGUCGCUGAGGAGCUCCCAUCAUUCUGCUGGCCUCACACUAUGCACACCGGCCCCAGACUAGAGGGGCUGGCGGAGGAGUGACGCACGCAGACACACACACACACACACACACACACACACACACACGUACACACGUGCACGCCAAACUCGACCUGAGCCCUCUCCCUGGUGCCAUCAGCCAGCCUGCGCCUCAGCCAGCCUGCACCUCAGCAGCAGCUCAUCCUGUGGUCCCCAGGGGGCCCCAGCUCCUCCGUCAGGGGCCGAGCAAACAGCCGCUUUGGUCUCGACCGCAUUGGUGCCGUUGUUUACAAAAUGGGGGGGGGGGGGGGCAGGCAUGUUGUUUUCAAGCAUUAACUUUUAUCAAAUGAUAAUCAAAACUUAAAAAAAACUUGGAGUGAUGUACAUUCGUUUUAAAUAUAGCAAGUGGAUAUUUACUAAGCCAUAGGUUUUUCCAUUGAUUUGGAGUAACGUGGUUUAGUUGAUUUAUGUUUUGUCCUUUUAACGGCAAGAUCUUUUUCUACUAGAAUGUACAUUUCUGAAGAUGCCACCGCAAAAACAAAAGAGAAUACUGCAACUUUGUCAUUUCAGCUUUGCAAGCCUUAAGGGACCAACAAAAUAUGCUUUUGUUUCUUCUGUAAAACAUAUAUAUGAAUGAUUACCGGUACUUUGUUUAAAACUGAUCAUAUAUAAUCUUAAGGACAAAAAAUGAUAUGUAGCACAGUCUUAUUUAUUGUCUCGGGGUCAUACUGCCACACAGCUAAACCAGUUCAAGCCCGUCAAAUAACAUUUAAAUAACAACUACUUGGAAUACUGACACACGGCCUGUGAGUUUGGUCCUUCUUCAAAUGUCACUUGAAAGAAUAUCUGGUUAUUCAGCAAGUGCACUUCACGGUUUAGAUGCGUGGCCCUAUGGACCUGGUCGACUAGUUAUCUAGCUAACUAGCUAAGUUUGUCUUUAUUUUCUUCUUCUUCUUUGGUUUUAGACAAUGUAUUGAUGUGCUGCUAUGGAGUCUGGCCGUCCUGCUGAGGAGGGGGCCAGCUCCGGUCGGAUGUACAGUACAUAUCCUCAUUGCCUGACUUCAAUCUGUGCCAUGUCGCUAUUCUGUGGCUCCUCAAGUUCACUUUUGUAUCGACUGGAGCCCAUAAUAGUCCUCCAUUUUGAAAGCCUGUUUUGUAUGAAAGUUAUCAAAAUAGUCUGUGUGAUUGAAUAAUCAACCACAGCAAACUCUCCACAAGUGCAUCAAAACAAAAAAAAUGAAUUUCUGUGCCAUAUACACCUGUAUAGAAAUUGAACUUUCACAAAUGUUGUUUUCCCAUGGAAGGAACUUCUACGUGUGUUGGGUGGGAAGGGGGGUCUACGGUUUUAAACCGGUUUGAUAUAAAAGAGAAGAGAAUCGUCAAUCGUUUGCUGCUAUCUCAAAGCAAAAGAGGGUUCAUUCAUUGCCUCUACUGAACCCUGACCCUAACCCCCACUCCAACCCUGACCCUAACCCCAGCCCAGGGGUCUGGGUUCACCCUAUCCAAGCCUUCAGGGUCCCAAGAUGGGGGGGGGGGGGGGGACAGUAGACUAUCAACAUUCAUUCAGCUACAGUUCUUGAUUGGACUGUGUGGUGUUCAUGUUCUGCUAGACAAGUCAUACUCUGGGACAUUAACAACAACAAAAGCUCAACUCAACAGCACCUCCCCUGGUUCGCCUCCACCAGGACACCUGUUCAUUCUGUCUUAAUGAUCACCAGCAGCCUUCCUCUUUACUUUCUUCACUUGUAAAAAGACUUCUGACUCUGGUUUUAUACACCGCAUAUGAUUUCCUCUUCUGGUCACAUUAUGGAAUAAUCUGCUUUGUUCUCCUUCAGCCCUCCCGGAGGUCCAGGUCUCGACCCCGGGUCCCCCAGGUUAGACUAGAGCUCCAGACCGCUGAGCCCUUGCUGAGGUCCAGGUCAUGGCCACUCUAGACCGUGACCUGGACCCAGAGCGCUCCAGUUGAGCCCUUCAGAACCAAACUCGGCUCCAGCCUUGUGACUAACCAAUCAACAAAUGAAGUAGUAUUAGUUCAGUCUUCGGUUACUCUUUAAAGGACCAAGCAUAACAACCUUUUAAGUCAAUAAAUGCAUAUAGAAAUGUGUGAACGAAAUUAAGAAAUAUCUGAAUACAUGUCAGAAGUGAAAAGUUGUUCUCAUGAUCUGAUGGUUUCUGUAUUUUUUUUAUUCCCAAUUAUAGCAAUUAUUCGAGUAUGUUUCGCUCAGUAUUCUGUGUGUUUACCAGCCCUAUUUCUUUGUUUCCACACUCUGUAUAUUUGCAUUCAUUCAUUUCCAUAGUUCUUUGUGACGCAUAAGAGAGAAGCCAGUGAUGAGCUCCACUGGAGUCUGUACGCUUAAAGGUUCUUCAGAGGUACCUUCUCCCUAGUGGAGAAACGGUCUUCAGUAGGAAUCCAAUAGAGCGAGGAAAGCAGAGGUCUGCACAUGAACGUCCGUUCAGCAGAUGGACUCAUCGCUGGUUUACUGACCAGCAGAAAUCUGCUUCCACCGUCACAAAGAAAUACUGAAGUCAAGUGAAGAGCGGACAUACAGCGGGAAUUGAUAAAUAGAUGAAUUCCUUAUCAUAGAAAUACAACCGCCAAUGAGUUAAAACAACAUUUAUUGAACAUAAUUAAAUUGGACAAAACAAUUACAAAAAAUAUAGAGAAUUUAGGAAGAAAAAAGCAUUUGCAAUCACAUGUUUUAUUAAUUUCUUAAUUUAAAAAGCACAUGUAUUUAUUAAUUAAAUAUUGUUUUCAUUUGGUUCCUUCAUAUGAACAUGCUUAGAUAUGGUCCAGAUUCAGGUGUUUAGGGGGAAUGUUUCUUUAUACGUGGUUAAUGCCUUUGUCAUUGAACUUGGUUCUCAAGCGAGAUGACAUUUUAAUAGAAUAUAAAAUAGUAUUUUUUUGUUGAAUUUUCUACUCACUUAAAAGGGCCAAUACUCUAUAAGACUCUGGUUCCCCAAAGCAAAUCCACUUUAAUUGAAAGGUAGAAGUAAUUAGCUAUGCCCACAACGUGAAGAAGAUUACCACCCAAAUUCUUAUCUGGUUCUUUGUCUGCUGUAAGCGUUAAAUAUCUGUGCCCUUCUGUGACUCAAACCUAGGUAGGAAAUGCAAGCAUUUUGUCAUCUGUGUAGUGACCAAGGCCGCCUUUAGUCUUUCGUUACUUCUCAACGCAAGCAGAUGCAGACUGCGUGGACAAAGUGUACCACUAGUGCUCCCCUCGCUCUUAGCGACACAACAGGUCCAGGAGCAGCUGUGGGUGUAUUGGAACACGUGUCAGUGUCUCCUCCAGCUGAGCCAGGGUUCCACCCCAAAGGGUGAGGGUUAGAACACAGCACAGCUACAGCACUUGUUGGAUAUGCAAUAACGAUGAACAUAUGCACCCCCCAACGGUGUCUUAUGCAAAUCCUCAGCCGGCCCUAUAGGAUCCCGCCGGUCAGAUGAUCUACCUAUGCUAACACGAUCCACUCACUGUGACCGUAUCGUCAUGGGGGCAGCGUGAGUCACAACCCGGGGGGAGCAGCUAGGAGACUGGUUAGGAGACCUUUGUGCCCAGUGACGGCAGACACGCCCCAGCGCGGUUUUGUGGCUCUCCUAUGGUAUUGAGGAGAACAGGAAGAGCACAAGCUGUAGCCUUGCAAUUCCUGUUCCUGAUUGGAUAUGAAUUAUGUGACAGAAUGAUUACCAAAGUUUGUAUGAAAAGUUAAAUAUCCAAGAAAAAAAUAAGUAAAUGAGAUGCAAUUUUUAAAAUGUGUGUAAAUUAGGUUCAGUGUUGAGGGUUUUAGAGUUGGCUAACUUCUAAGCAGGCUUAGUCAAGGUUGUGUUGAUUGGUUUGGGUCACUGAAGGGCUCUGCAGAGCGACCAGUAUAAACGUCUGCUUCCUUGAGAGGCUGCUUAGCAACCAGACUAACUCCUUUCAUUUGGCAGAACUCUGCUUUUCUUUUCCUAUUCCACCCUGAAGGACAAAACCGCAUGUGAUCGUGUUUCUGUAUUGAAGUCUGCAUCACUUGCUUUAAAGGCUGAAAAUGAACAAACUAAAAGGUCAUCAAAAUGAAAAGAAGAUGCCUCCUUUAAGACCAAUGCGUUUUACCUCACUGUAAAUAUUUUCUCAAUUUGUUUACUCCAACUUUGCAAUUUAUACUUUUUUGGUUUGAUUUUUGUUUCUAUGAAAUGCUUAAAAAAUGUAAGAGAAUAAAACUUUUGUCAUGGUACUUAAAUGUCAGAA